GUGGCGGACACUUGGUCAUGGUCAUUUAGACCUUCUCUCUCUCACGUCCAAUAUAAGCAGUGUCAGCGUCCACUGGCUAAAUCAAAGUCUUCCCGGGCGGAACGUACAGAGGAGUGGCGGACACGGGAAGAGUCGCUCGUGGAGGAAAAAGAGGAGGAAUGCGGCCUUCCCUCGCCGCAGCCAUUUCUCAGGCGUGUUGGCCCCCCCCUCCGUAAGCCGCAAUGGGCGACUGGAGUCUCUUGGGGAACGUCCUGGAGGAGGUCCAGGAGCAUUCCACCUCCGUGGGGAAGGUGUGGCUCACCGUGCUCUUCAUCUUUCGCAUCCUGGUGCUGGGCACGGCGGCCGAGUCGUCGUGGGGGGACGAGCAGAGCGACUUCCUCUGCGACACGCAGCAGCCCGGCUGCACCAACGUGUGCUACGACAGCGCCUUCCCCAUCGCCCACAUCCGCUACUGGGUGCUGCAGAUCGUUUUCGUGUCCACGCCGUCGCUUAUCUACAUGGGCCACGCCAUGCACACGGUGCGCAGCGAGGAGAAGCGGCGGCGGCGGGAGCAGGAGGAGAGGGAGGCCCGCGUGGAGGGCGGCGGGCCAGACCUGGAGGGGGAGAAGGAGUACCUGCAGCAGAAGGAAAGCGGCGAGGAGGUGAAGUCGGAGGGGCGGAGCCGCGUCCGCCUUAAAGGACCUCUGCUGCAGACGUACGUCCUCAGCAUCCUGAUCCGCACCGCCAUGGAGGUCAUCUUCAUCGUGGUGCAGUACUUGAUUUACGGCGUCUUCCUCAAGGCGCUCUACCUGUGCACGUCGUGGCCGUGCCCCAACCCGGUCAACUGCUACAUGUCCCGCCCCACGGAGAAGAACAUCUUCAUCGUCUUCAUGCUGGUGGUCGCCGCCGUGUCCUUGGUGCUGUCCGUCCUGGAGCUCUACUACCUGGGCUGGAAGAGCGCCAGGGCGUGCAUCCGCAGGAAGGCGUCGCAACGCAACGUCACCGUGGAGCCAAACAGCCCGCCUCCGCCCUCGGCCUCCUCCACCCCUCCGCCCCCUGACUUUAUUCGGUGCGCCAUCACCUCCUCCAUGACGCCCAUGCCGUCCAUGACCUCCAUGGCCUCGCACCCCUUCAGCGACAGGAUGGCGCUGCAGCAGAACUCGGCCAACCUGGCCACCGAGCGCCACCACAGCCGAGACAACCUGGAGGAGGAGCGGGACUUCUUGGUCAGGUACCAGCGGGCCCCCAAGGAGGCGCCCAACAACAGCUGCCACCCGUUGCCCGUGAUGCAUUCGGGGUACACCAGGGACAAACGACGCCUGAGCAAGACAAGCGGGAGCAGCAGUCGAGCUCGGCAAGACGACCUCGCCGUUUAAAAUGACAGCGGCGGACGGAAGAGAUGGACCAUCCCUGGGAUGUGAACUCUUUGGGGGCCUUUGGGGGCCAGUCUGUCCCCGGACGUGACAAACUAGACACAACAGGGUAACUAUUGCACAUUUUCAAACAUGAAAUGCCAAAUAAAAAGUGUGACACGGUGAGAAUUUCCUAAAAAUGCGGACAUGAUUGGACUUCCAUGAUGUAUUUUUGUGCUGUGAAGUGGAUCACUGUGGAUCUUUGUGGAUCUUUAGUGCCUUAAUGAGAGUCAUAUGAUUAAAUGCCUCUUACAAAAAAGCCAUUCGAUUUACGUAAAUGUGUAAAUGCAUCAGCAGCCCUUAUGAGGACUUUACAAAGAAGGCUUCUGUUUUUUAAACUCAUUGUGGGCGGGACCAAGUUGCUGUAGGUCAGGUGUGUCCAAACUGUGGCCUGUUUGCUUACACGUUCCAGAAAUAUCAUUUUACAAGAAAAUUGAAAAAAAAAAAUUGUGUUGCAUGGAGUACAAAUAAGAAAUUAAAAUGCUGUAGUGUUUCAAAGUCGUAAUAUUAUGGGGAAAAAAAGUUAUAAUACUACAGAAUUAAAGUAAAAAAAAUAUUGUGGGAAUAAAGUAAUCAUAUUACAAAAAGAACAUUGAAAGUUGAAAUAUUCGGAAGAAGAGCUAAAAUGGGGGGAAAAGGAGCCAAGACCAAAGUUCAUACAAAUAAUUGGCUUUUUCACCCAUAUCACAAAGAUGAUAUAGCAUAUCGAUGUGUUGUUUUUUUUUUUUUUUUACUAAAUAUGCAUUGGUCCACAGUAGAGAAAGUUUGGACACCCCAGCUCGAAGGCAAUGGAUCUCAAAGUAGCACCAGUUUUUAGUGAAGAGUAAGUGGUUUGGACUUUCAGGUAAUUGGUGAAAUUGUGGCGCAUGAGCAGAGUUAAAUAUGACAUACUUCUGCAAAUAUUUGGUUCAUCCAUUUCUAUUUGUCCAAUCAUGUAAAUGUAUCUAACGUACAUUUAUUUUGUACCUGACAACUACCAACAGGGGCACUCCGACCACAGUUUGAGACUAUAGUGUAGAUUCAAGGAAUGCCUGAUGUAAAGGUAUUUGGCCACCAGGUGGCGACAUUGCACUUAUUGUUAAACUUUUUCCAGCGAUACUUUUGUCUUGAGAGUAAAAAACGAUUUGUUUUGAUUUCAAAAAUGUAUUUUACUUCAUGUGCUGUCUUCAUACUAGAUAUGCAAUAUGCUUGGACUGGUUAUUUAGCCUUAGUUUUUGUUGUUGUUGCAGGAAACAGUGUGCCAUAGCAAUCAAUCCAUUCAGUUUAUAGUCUAUAUUUAGUUUAACACACUUUCGGUUUCGCAUUUCAACACAGCAGUUGUCAUUUCUAAUCCACCGCAAGACA